AUGUUGAAAUUAAUAAUAGUCGUGCUCGUAGUUUUUUCGAUGAAAAUUAUUGCAUCUCCACUGGAAUCGGACUAUCGGAAAUAUCUUCGAACACGCCGUCCCCAAUCACCGGGUGAGGUUCAUGUCGAAGAAGUUCUAGAAGUGUUCAAAACUCGAAAUCGUCCUCCCACGUACGGAGUGUACAAUGCCCAGGUCAACGGAUUUCUGGCGAAUGAUCUCUUCAUGAGACGAAAGAUCACUACGGUUAAACCGCAGCUUACGACGAAACCAUCCGAGGUGCCCACACGAACCACAUAUCCGACUCCAAGCGGAGACAACGUAAAUCCGGACUACACAUAUCCAUUCAAUCCGAGUAUUUCCAUGACCAAGUACCCGAACUAUGUUCGUCCAACAACGAUCAUCAUUCAGGAAGCUAUGGAGAAAACUACGGAGAAGCUACUGGAGAAAAGUGAUGAAGUGAAUUCUACCGAUGAUCUGGAUGAAAAUGAUAAAGAUUAUCACUAUUCAAACGAAGAUUAUUUUGAGUAGCUCAGAAUAUACUUUAAAGUAAUAGAAUAGAUGUUACUAAUCAAACAGAUAAUUAUAGAUCUAAUAAA